AUGUCCCACGAUCUCGAUGAUUUCAGUGAUUUCGAUAACGAAGACCUCACCAUCCUUGAAGAACUACUUCAGAAGGUCGAAGCUGAUGAAACGCGUCACUUUAUCAUUGCAGAUAUAGAAGAUGUUGAAGCACCGCGUGGGCUUCGAUUGCCGGCAUCUCCGACGCGUCUUCUCAACUCGCAAGCCAACGGUGCUAUACGACGCGAGGAAGUCCCAGAAGCCGCACCCGAAUCAGCUCCGACAACAGCACUCGAGUCAGCUCCAGAAGUAGCGGAACCAGAUACGCGAUCACCUCUCGAAAGAUUCCGCCGACCGCCCAAGAAGGCCUUCUCCGUGACAGACCUCGUAUCUCCAUCUUGGUGCGAGCUUCAGUACUUCUAUACAUUGUCAAGGCAUGGCCGAAAGAGACGAACACCUGCGAUGAAGCAGGGAACUCAAGUUCAUCAAGCCCUCGAAGAAGAACUCCAUAUUACCGUCCCUGUUGAUGUCCCAACGAAAGAGGACGGCUGGGGCCUUCGGAUAUGGAACAUUAUUCAAGGUUUGAGAACACUACAACAAACCGGCCGAACAAGAGAGCUUGAGGUUUGGGGAACUGUCGGCGGCGAACUUGUCAACGGCAUUAUCGACGAAGUCAGCUACGAAUGUCCAGAUUCAAACCUCGAAGAAAAGCCGACCUCCCACAAGAAAUCAGCACACGAAGUACCCGAACAUCAAACAAGUAUCAAAGAUAUCCUUUCUACCGCUGCAAAGAGAGAGAAUGGAAAGUCAUUGUCAGAUGCGCUUCUACCGAAACCACAGUCGAAGAAGAUCUACAUCACGGACAUCAAAACGCGGCAGAGCAAAAGCCUACCCACACCAAAUGCCAUGAAGCCAACCAUUCUUCAGUUGCACCUCUACCAUCAUAUGUUGGAGAAUAUGGCGCAAGGCAAUUUCGCUCUUGAACGUCUGGCUGAACGCUAUAGCUUUGAUGUGAAUCAGACAUUCUCCGACUCAUUUAUCGCACAAGUGGGAAGCCUCAAUCAGGAGCUCGAAACUCCGACCUCGUCGACUUCUGAAGAUUCCAUGGUUUUACUCCUGAGGUACAACAAACUAACAGACUUAUGGGAUUUCAUGAUUGGUCAAAUGAAACAGGCAUUCCUGCUUCCAGCAGAGAACAUACCCAUGUCCACUCCACAGUCCUUGGUCGAUCUUCCUGUUCCCGAAAACCAGCCAACACGUUUGUCGCCUAUUUUGACGGUGGAGUACCUUUCGGCAUGGUAUCAACACCGGCCUGGCGAGACGACAGGCCAACACUCCCUCGGCCGCAAAUCCUUUGUCUUCGAUGCCGAGUAUCUCAAGAACUACCUAGAGGAUAGUCUGGCUUGGUGGCAUGGAGAGCGUGAAGCAAAAGGCGUUGAGCUGCAAGAAGCAUGGAAAUGUCGACAUUGUGAUUUCCGGAAUGAUUGCGAAUGGAUUCACAGUCGAGACAGUGAAGCUCUCAAUGAAGCCUUGGCUAGGAAGAGCCUGAGGCAAGAAGCUUUUAAGCCCGAGACGAGUCAUGUAUAA